AUGAUUGAGGAAAGUAACAACGGCUCUGCCGACGAGCCAAUCAUCGUCUGCCGGGACGUGCACAAAUGGUUCGGGCAGUUCCACGUGCUGCGAGGCGUCACGACGUCGGUGGGACGCAGCGAGAAGUUGGUGGUGGUGGGUCCGUCCGGGUCGGGAAAGUCCACCUUCAUCCGUACCAUCAACCGCCUCGAGGAGCACCAGCGCGGCGAAAUCGUGGUUGACGGUGUGCCGAUGACGCAGGACGUGCGGAACAUCGACGCCAUACGCCGCGACGUGGGCAUGGUGUUCCAGCAGUUCAACCUGUUCCCCCACCUGUCUGUGUUGGACAACAUCACCCUCGCGCCGAUCAAGGUGCGCAAGCGGAAGCGCGCCGACGCCGAUGAGAUGGCGAUGGAACUGCUGGAGCGGGUGGGAAUCCCGGAGCAGGCCGACAAGUUCCCCGGGGAACUGUCAGGCGGUCAGCAGCAGCGGGUUGCCAUCGCCCGCGCCCUGGCGAUGCAGCCCAAGAUCAUGCUGUUCGACGAGCCCACGUCGGCGCUGGACCCGGAGAUGAUCCGCGAGGUGCUGGACGUGAUGCGGGAGCUGGCAGAGUCGGGGAUGACCAUGAUCAUCGUGACCCACGAGAUCGGAUUCGCCACCGAGGUCGCCGACCGCAUCCUGAUGUUCGACGAGGGCGUGAUCAUCGAGGACGCCCCGCCCCACGACUUCUUCAACAACCCGCAGCAGGAACGGACCCAGACCUUCCUCAGCCAGAUCCUCAGCUGA